UCAUUGAAAUCCGGAACAAAAAAAAAUGAAUCAUUUGAUAGAGUCAUAAAUUUGUUAAUAAUAAUAGCAACAACCAGAUGACCUGAUUGUCGAUUUCUAUCAUCAAAAAUUUUAUUUUCAUUUAUUAACAAUGACAACAGAAACAAGAUGUAGCACUUUAACAUUACAACAAUAUCUGCAAGCAAAAAAUGAAGAUAAAAAUAAUCUUAAUAACGGAUUUGGUCACCAUAAUCAUCAACACCAUCAUCAUCAUCAUCAUCAUUAUAAUCCACAACCACAUCAAAAUCGUUACAAUCCAACAACCAAAAAACGAUCCUCGACCGCUUCAUCAUCAUCGACAUCAGCCACAUCAUUAAAUGUUUCAAAUCAUCAUCGAUCUUGUGAAUCGAUUAGUAAUCAUCAUCAGAUCCAAGGUUCCUCAAACUCUACAGCAAGAUCGACGUUCUAUUCAAUGUGGAAUACGGUAAAAUAUGAAUUUAAUCAUCGAUUUCGGAAUAAAUUCAAUUUCAAUUCACCAAUAUGUGUUCUUGGUCAACUUUACUAUGGUAAAAUGUCCGAUUCGAUUAGCCAAUCGGAUGAACAAAGUUCAAAUCUCUAUGCAUAUGAUAAAUUCAAAAAAGAUUUCUAUAGUCGAAUCUGGCUAACAUAUCGACGUGAUUUUCCUCCUUUACUGCAAACACCGAUUACCACAGAUAAUGGUUGGGGUUGUAUGAUCCGUUCCGGUCAGAUGAUAAUGGCGCAAGCUUUUCUUACACAUUUUCAUGGCCGAAAUUGGCGAUGGGAAGGACAAGAUGAUCUCAUACAUCGAAUGAUAAUCAAAUGGUUUGCCGAUAUUCCUGAUCGAUCGACAAGUCCAUUUUCUAUACAUGAAAUCAUUAGACAAGGACAACAGUUGUUUGGUAAGAAUCCAGGUGAUUGGUUCGGUCCGGCAUCCAUAUCGAUCAUAAUGAAAAACCUGUUGGAAGAUGCCGCCAAAGAUAAUCGAUUAUUAUGCGAUAUUUGUUGUUAUAUUGCACAGGAUUGCACUGUUUAUCUACAAGACGUCAUCGACUUAUGUCGGACAGCCAAUAUACGUUCAAAUUCAAAUACAAUCAUCGAUGAUGAUGAUGGAAAUAAUCAAUGGCGUAGCAUAAUCAUAUUGAUACCUGUACGUUUAGGUGGUGAUGAAUUUAAUAAAUUUUAUUCACCAUAUUUUAAACAAAUAUUAUCACUAUCUUCAUGUUUGGGUGUAAUCGGUGGUAAACCACGACAUUCAUUAUAUUUUAUUGGCUUUCAAGAUGACAAAUUACUUGCUAUUGAUCCACAUUAUUGUCAGAAAAGUAUUGAUGUUGGUACAAGAACAAAUUUUCCAUUGGAUAGCUAUCAUUGUAUAUCACCAAAACGAAUUUCAUUAACAUCAAUCGAUCCUAGCUGUACGAUUGGUUUCUAUUUGAAAACCAAACAAGAUUAUGAUGAAUUUAUAAAUUUUUCACAACAAAUUAUUGAUCAUUCAUAUAAAAGUAAUGGUUAUCCAAUAUAUUCAUUGGAUUCAAAUAAUCGAUUUGACAAUCAAAUGAAUGAACCAUUAUCAUCAACAACAACAACAACAAUGGAUCGAAUAUUACGAAUGGAAUAUAGACUUGUUGAUCGCCAUGGAAAUGUACAGAAAUUAUUAUCAUCCGAAGAUUUUGUUGUAUUAUGAUGAGUUCAUCAGAAAAAAAAA